AUGACGGUCCGCAAAGCUGUUCCCGUCCCCGCGGACCCCGCAACCCAUCUGCCGCAGCGUCCGUCGCCGCGGCAAAGGGCCGAUGCCGCACAUGCCAUCCCGGAGAAGCUCAUCAAGCCGUGGAAGCUUCCCAGGCAAAACACCUAUUUGUUCGUCAACGCCAACGUCGUCGACACCGCCGCCGGCGUCAUCAUCGAGAACACAACCGUCAAGAUCUCCGACGGGCUGAUCGAGAAAGUCGGGGAGGAAGGAGGAGGAGAAGACGACCCCGCAAGCAUCUCUGGAGACGCCGUCGUCGUCGACCUGCGCGGCAAGUACCUCUCGCCGGGUCUCAUCGACUGCCACGUCCACGUCACCUCCGUUCCCGGCGAGGCCGGCCUCGACGGCGGCUUCGGCAUGGACGCCGCCGUCUCCCACUUCAGACAGCCGUUCGUGUGCGGCCGCAUCCUGAGCAAGGGCUUCACGACCGUCCGCGACACCGGCGGCGCCACGCGCGCCCUCGUGGAAGCCGUCGAGGACGGCGUCUUCCCCGGCCCGCGGCUCUUCAUCGCCAACAAGGCCCUGUCGCAGACGGGGGGGCACGGCGAUCGGAGGGGCGUGCACGACCACUCCGGCUUAUGCUGCGGCGGCGGCGGCGGCAGCGGCGCCGCCGGCCUCUCCGUAGUGGUGGACGGCGUGCCGGAGUGCAUCAGGGCCGCCAGGGAGCAGCUCAGAACGGGCGCCGACUUCAUCAAGAUCAUGGUCGGCGGCGGCGUCGCCUCGCCGACCGACCGCAUCGAGAACGUCCAGUUCACGGCGGACGAGAUCCGCGCCAUCAGCGAGGUCGCGCGCAGCUACGGCACCUUCGUCACCGCCCACGCCUACACGCCCCGGGCGAUCCGCCACGCCGUCGAGAACGGCGUCGCCGGCAUCGAGCACGGCAACCUCCUCGACGCCGACACGGCCGCGUACAUGGCCGCCAGGGGCGUCUGGCUGACGCCGACGCUCGUCACGUACGACGCCAUGGGGUCCGACCGGUACGCCGGGUUCCUGCCGCCCGCGAACCAGCGCAAGAACCGCGAGGUCCUCGAGAGCGGGCUGCGCUCGCUGCGCGUCGCCGCCGACGCCGGCGUCGUCAUCUGCCACGGCUCGGACCUGCUCGGCCCCCUGCAGGCGGAGCAGAGCAGGGAGUUCGGCAUCCGCCGGCGGGCGCUCGGCGACCUCGAGGUGCUGCGGUCCGCGACGGUCAACGCCGCGAGGAUGCUCCGCCAGGAAGGGUUUCUCGGGCAGGUCAAGGAUGGGUUCGCCGCCGACCUGGUCGUGCUGAACGGGAACCCGCUGGAGGACGUGUCGAUCCUGGACGAGCCGGAGAAGAGCGUGCUGGCGGUGAUCAAGGACGGGAGGGUCUACACCAGCCGGUGGAGCAAAUUGCCGGAGGACGUCACGGAGCCCCCGGCGCUCAUCGAGUGA